GAUACGGAAAGAUAAACCAUGACAUAUUGUUCAUUUCAAAUUAUAUUGAAAUAGGAACAAAUAAUGCUGGAUAUAUGUAUGACCAAUUAGGUUGGUAAGAGCAAAUUUGCUGUGAUAGCUCAUAUGGAAGAAUUCUACAUAGCAAGCUUAAUCGGGAUUUCAGAUCCACAGAGCAAAAGACAGGAAGCAUGAAUUCCAAGAAAAGUAUUACUUCCGGUUCAUUGCGUAGAAAGAGAGGUGGUACUGCCACAAAACACGAAGGGCUCUCUACGAGUACAUCAUCGGAAAGUGGUACUACCACCAAACGUGACGAACCAUCUACCAGCAUUUCAUCAAAAAGUGUUACUGCCACCAAACGUGAAGGACCGUUUGCGAGGACAUUAUCAAAAAGUGGUACUGGCACCAAACGUGUUGGCCAAUCUACCAGUACAUCAUCAAAAAGCGGUAUAGCCACCAAACGGGAAGGACCGUGUGCAAGUACAUCAUCAACAAGUGGUAUUGCCAACAAACGUGACGGACCAUCAAAGAUUACGCUAUCAAAAAGUACUGUGAUCUCCGCGGGUAAACGAUCAUCUGCACAUGUAGCAUCAAGAGAUACCAGCUCAAGCAAGUUAGGAGCAUCUGCAUCUGCAUCUAAGACUGUUCAUUCAUUACCAGGAAGUUCAGGAAAGAGACACGAUCAUUGCUUUUCUACAAUGAACCCACGUACAACGACUCCGUACACAAGUACUGUGAUCUCCGUGGGUAAACGAUCAUCUACACAUGUAGCAUCAAGAAGAAAUUCUCGAAGGAACGCCUUGAAGAGAAAAGAAGAAACAAUCACGGAUCAUUUAGAGACUGACCAAGUUUCUGGACGUACACCACGGGAUUUAGAUGUAUUUAGCAAGCCCAUGUGUUUGAUUUACAAUGGCGAAGAUGGCAAGCUUUAUACUAAGUCAGGCACAAUAGAGUCCAUUUGUAAAAUAGAAGCUAGGCUACAUAUUGUUGGAAUUGCCGGCCCAUUUCGAACUGGAAAGUCUUAUCUUAUUAACAAACUUGCUGGAAAAUCUGGAUUUAUUGUGGGAGAUUCGACAAAAGCCGUCACUAAAGGAAUUUGGGUUUGGUGCAGACAGCACCCAACUUGCUCCGAAGAGCCUACAGUACUUGUUUUACUAGAUACAGAAGGUCUAGGUGACAUCAAGAAAGGAAACAAACAUCACGAUCAAAAGAUCAUGACGUUAGUAACACUUUUGUGCAAUUCGUUGGUCUACAAUAUGAUUGGACGGUUUGAUGACGAUUCAAUGAGUAAACUCUCUUUCGCAUCACAGAUAUCAAGUUGGGUAAAAUUUGGAGACACAGCAGAAAACGAAGAAAAGUUAGGAUGUGUCAUGCCUGAACUUGUGCUCGUUUUACGAGACUUUAUACUAAAGUUUGCAAAGGGAAUAGACUCUCCUAAAGCAUACUUUGAAGACUGCUUGUGUGCAGACAGUGGUAUUGAGGAGUACGACGAACCACGGCGGGACCUAAAGAAGUAUUUCCCUGACAGAGAAUGCUUUGUGCUUCCGACUCCUGGUGAUGACGAUGUUAUGGCACGUUUGGAUUCAGCAAAAGAUUCAGAAUUAAAGGAAACAUUCAAAAAGGGCGUGAACGAAAUGACAGAGCACAUUCUUGGCUCUCCUCCCAAGCUAAUGUUUGACAGUGAAGCGAAGGUAUCCAGUCCGAUAAACGGCACGAUAUUCAAAAGUCUUGUGGAACACUACGUUGACUGCAUUAACAAUGGUCGCAUUCCGAAUAUUGAAGAUGCAUAUUUCAUUGCUGCAAAGGAAAAGAAUAAAGCGAUUGGGGAGAAGAUUAUUGAACAGUUCAAAGCAGAAAUAAAACGUGUUUUCCCGCUACCAUUACCCGCCAUCGAAGAAGUUCAAAAUAAAGUGUUUCAGCUCAUAAGUGAUGAACUACAUUCUUGCCGAAAAAAGAUGAAAAUGGAUAAAGACUUUGAAAUAGAAGAUGACGUCAGGAAGGCCUUGGAACAAAUCUGGCAUGAUUAUAGAAAGGAAAACUCAAGAUCCCUACAGAAAACAUUACUUUGCUAUUUGGAUGAAAGAUAUAGUACAAGUAGCGAAAAUGAAAGUGGAUACGAAGCAUUCAAGGACAGGAUGAAUAAACUCAAGACAGAGUUUAAGAAAUCAUUUAAUCAUAUUGAUGAGGAUGAGGUAAUCCGUGCCUGGGCUUCUUUCAGUGACAAAAUGCAAGAAACUGAAAUUAACGUUCUGAGGAAAGAUCGUCAUCUUACAAAUUCCGAAAAAGAAGAACAAAUUAACCAGCUUAAAGCCGAAAACGAAAAGGUCUUAGCUGAAACGAGGAAACGGGGUGAGCUGGAAGCACAACGUUUGUGGGAGAAACUCAAACUUCAAAAAGAAAGGGAAAUGCAUGCGGAAAAUGAAAUGAAACAUCUACGUGGUGAAUUGAAUGCACUGAAGCACAGAACAUUUUACGGAAGACUAAAGUAUCUUUUGUCUGGAAAUUAAACUAAUCUGCUGACUGCAGUUGAAAUGAAAAAAAAAAACCAAAACAUAAUCGUAUAUAGUGCACACGAAAUAUUCAAAGGCAAUUCACAGAACAUUUUUGUACGAAUAAAUUUUUAACUUUCAUGCUUAAACUCUUCAAUGCUCUUUCAUUUUAAACAAUUAUUCGAGAAUGUCACGAUACGUGUUUAAAGCUAUGGACAAGACAUUUGAUAUGAGAACCAUGAACUGAACCAAACAAUAAAUCAAAUUCCAUUUGAAACAGACUUUGUUUCCUGAAAUGUUUACUUCAGUUCUUAGACUAUUAGAAUUACUUACAUCUUUAACAAAAUUUAAU